AUGUUCGGCAUUCGAGUGUUGAUGGGCAUACUGCUACACAGCGCAUGCUUCGUAUCCGUCUAUGCCGCCGGAGAUGGACUCGCCACAUGCCCGGCUGGCUGCAGAUGCAAUCCAUUGAGGAGUUACAUCAACAGCAUCAUUGUAGAAUGCAGCUUUCUUAACUUGUCAGAUAUUCCUCAGUCACGCCCAGACUCUGUCCACACUUUAGACCUUUCAUACAACGUAAUAAGAACUUUGAGAAACGAGAGCUUCCCCAAGUACAUAAGACUGUCAACUGUUAUAUUAUCAUACAACGAAAUGGAGGACAUUCAAGUGAAUGCGUUUGCUGGACUUCAGAUGAUAAGGACCAUAGACCUAUCGUACAAUAAAUUGAAGUCAAUUCAUCCAGAAAUAUUUGCAUCAAAUCCGAAAUUGGAAUUCCUGUCUUUGAGUUCGAAUCCACUAACGCAUCUUCCUUCCAAAUCUCCCAUUCUUGUAUCUGACUCAGUCAUCAGUCUGGACCUCAGUUCUUGUUUUCUCACUGAAAUUCAUCCACUCACGUUCUCCCGCCUUCCUAGACUGUGCAACCUGGACCUUAGUUCCAACCUCCUCCAGACUGUUUCGGUGAGGUCUCUGGAAAAUCUUCCAGAUUUGAAAACAGUGCAACUGGCCAACAACCGCUGGAACUGCAACUGCGAUGUUGUAGAGUUGAUGCAGUGGACAAGCAAGAGAAGAAGACAAGGUCCAGCUCACAGGCCGGUCAAGUGUUUGGAAGGAGGAAAAUACAGGACUUUAUGGACAGCGGCAGGCGGAGGUAAAUCCUGCAAGGAGUCUACAACUGCUGCUUCAUUUGUAGCAACUGAUAUGGCAGCUUCACUUGCAGCAAGUGAAUUUGUUAUACCAGUUGUAGUUUCACUUGCUACAAGUGAGGAUGAUAUGUCAGUUGUAGUUUCACUUGCUACAAGUGAAGUUGCUAUAUCAGCCUCACUUGUAGCAAGUGAAACUACAACUGACAUAUCAUCCUCACUUGUAGCAAGUGAAACUACAAAUGAUAGAUCAGCUUCACUUGUAGAAAGUGAAACUACAACUAAUAUAGCAGCUACACUAAGGAGACUUCCUUUCUCACAAAAAAUUACACCAUAUUUAUCAUUGCACCUUGCAAAAGAAACGACAGUGACGGGUGGGGAUGAACCCACAGUCACUCCAGAAAUAGAAACGGGAGACUGGGAUGGUCUCUUAUCGUGGAACGCCAAUACCAUUCUGGUUUUCGUAAUUCUCCCCUGUACGCUCUGUGUAGCAGUCUUCUUAGCCUUGAUGGCUGUGAACUACUUCACCAGGAGAUGGACGAUACAUCGUCCGCGGCAUGCUAUACAAGGCAAAGGUAAUUGCCUCGAGAAUUGUCGUUACUUUCACCCACAGCUGACGGCAGAUACCAUAAAACCACAUGCAAGAUACAUCAACAUAAAUAACCAGAGAAUUCCUUAUGAUACUUACCAUAUAUAUGAGGAAAUCGACUAA